AUGGACAGACAGAUCGCUUUCAUAUCAGGUCCGAUUAGCACUGGUCCCGAUGAAUCCUACUUCAACAUCCACUAUGUGACCAAGAUCAACGACGCUAUUGAGCGUGGUCAUGAUUUCGUUAUUGGUCCUAUUUCAAGCGGUGUGGAUGCUGAUGCACUCGCAUAUCUCCUUGCUUACCCCGUCUCUCCUGACCGAAUUACAAUCUUUAUGACUCAAGCGGAAGAUGGCAUAUGGGGUGAACACUUCCGCUCGAUGGGAGUCAACUUGGAGGUGGUUAAAAGACAGAUGACUCGCGAUCGGGAUGCGGCCCUGACAAGAGCCAGUACGUACGAUAUUCUACGCGUGAGAACCAAAGAAGAGGCUCGGGAAUUCUAUGGCCACAUGUGGCGUGAAGGAUAUAUCACCAAUACCGAGCGCAAUUGGAAGAGACGACGUGGAAUCGCGGAGAAUGAGAUUGUCGAGGAAGUGGAGAUCAAUCGUUCGAUGGGAUAUCCUUCAGACCCACCUGCGCCAGUCGAACAGGAAGGCCGUCUCGCGCAAAACGAGGUCUUCCAAGGCUAG